UAUUGUAAUCCAUAUGAAGGGUAUGAAUGGUAAGCAAUAAUAUUUUGAAUCAAACUGAAGAUAUAGUCAUGUCGCCAUUCAGAUAAGUAGGGUAUCUGAUCCCAGUGGAGAUCCAGUGAACAUCAACUUUAAGCUUUUCAAUGUUGACCAAUCCCAUUUAGUUACUCAGUGGAAUAUUCAAAAAUUUUGAUCUUCAGUACUUUGUUUAUUUUAACCAAAAGAUUCUGAAAACAAACUCACCAUAGAUACCAAUGGAAAAGUACAAUGCCUUUGGAGGAGAAAAUGUAAACCCAGUUUACGCCAAGUCUGUAGAUGAGCCGCCACUUUAUGAAGAGACAUCCUUCUCGGGCACUACUGGGAAUGGCUACCCAAAUGGAGACAGACCUGACCGCAGGGAGGAAAGGUUUUCGGUUAUUAGUGCCUUUGGUCACAACACGCUGGACAGAGUGCCCCGCAUCGACUUCUACCGCAACGCGGGCAGCCUCAGCGGGAACCGAGUCGCCAGGCCCUCCCUGCAGGAACUCCACGAUGUCUUCCAACGGAAUGAUUCCCUGCCUCCAGACACUGUGGCUGAGAUGGAUGAGAGUGAGGGGAUCCCCAAUGAUGAUGUGGAGUCAGUCGUUCUGGAGGAGAACAACGGUGGAUUUGUUAAAUUUGGCUGGAUCACGGGUGUGCUGGUAAGAUGCAUGCUGAACAUCUGGGGGGUGAUGCUUUUCAUCCGCCUUUCAUGGGUGUUUGGUCAGGCUGGUGCUGGACUGGGAAUUGUGAUCAUUGUCCUCAGUGUUGUGGUGACCACCGUUACUGGACUCUCAAUGUCUGCCAUCUGUACCAACGGAGUGGUCAGGGGAGGGGGAGCAUACUACCUGAUCUCCCGCAGUUUAGGACCAGAGUUUGGUGGGUCUAUUGGCCUGAUUUUUGCAUUUGCCAAUGCUGUGGCUGUGGCUAUGUACGUGGUUGGGUUUUCAGAGACAGUGGUGGACCUUCUGAAGGAGAAUAAUGCCACAAUGGUGGAUGACGUUAAUGACAUCCGAAUCAUUGGAUGCAUUACGGUGAUUUUGCUUUUGGGGAUCUCACUAGCUGGAAUGGAGUGGGAGGCUAAGGCCCAAGUUUUCCUGCUGAUUAUCCUGCUGGUGGCCAUUCUAAAUGUGUUUGUAGGGACAGUCAUUCCGUCCACGGAAGCUAAGCGAUCCAGAGGAUUCUUCAAUUAUCGCGUGUCCAUAAUGAGGGAAAACUUUACACCGGACUUCCGAGAUGGAGAGACAUUUUUUUCUGUCUUUGCCAUCUUCUUCCCUGCGGCCACAGGCAUUCUGGCAGGUGCAAACAUCUCUGGGGAUCUGAAGGAUCCUCAGGCUGCGAUUCCCAAAGGAACUCUGCUGGCUAUCUUUAUCACAGCAGUCACCUAUUUGGCUGUGGCCCUCUGUGUCUCCGCAACUGUAGUGCGUGAUGCAACUGGCAAUCUCAACGACACUAUCGCCAAUGGAGCUAGCUGUAACUUUUCAGCCGCCUGUGAAUUUGGAUUUGACUUUUCAUCCUGCAAGGACAAACCCUGUAAAUUUGGCCUCAUGAAUAACUUCCAGGUCAUGACCAUGGUGUCUGGUAUCGGUCCACUGAUCACAGCAGGAACGUUCUCCGCUACUCUGUCCUCCGCUCUAGCUUCACUUGUUAGUGCACCCAAAGUCUUUCAGGCGUUGUGCAAAGACAACAUUUACAAGGCACUGCACUUCUUUGCCAAAGGACACGGCAAAAACAACGAGCCUCUCCGCGGCUAUGUCCUCACCUUCAUCAUUGCAGUGGCUUUCAUUUUGAUAGCCGAGCUCAACGUCAUUGCUCCCAUUAUUUCAAACUUCUUCUUGGCUUCCUACGCUCUCAUCAACUUCUCCUGCUUCCAUGCCUCCUAUGCUAAAUCACCAGGUUGGAGGCCUGCCUACAAAUACUACAACAUGUGGCUGUCUCUGUUUGGAGCGGUGUUGUGCUGCGCUGUGAUGUUCGUCAUCAACUGGUGGGCAGCGCUACUCACUUACGCCAUUGAGAUCUUCCUCUACAUCUAUGUCACAGUGAAGAAACCCGAUGUUAACUGGGGCUCCUCUACCCAGGCAGUGACAUUUGUUAAUGCUGUGAACAAUGCACUGAGCUUAACCAAAGUAGAUGACCACAUCAAAAAUUUCAGGCCACAAUGUAUCGUGCUGACUGGUGCACCGAAGACCAGACCAGCUCUCCUUGACAUUGCACACUCCUUCUCUAAGAACUAUGGGCUAUGCCUCACCUGCCAAGUGUUUGUGGGGCUAAAGACAGAGAUGAUCCAGGAGAUGAACAUGGGCAUGGAACAUCACCAGACAUGGCUCAACAAGAAAAAACGCAAAGCAUUUUACAAGGCAGUGACCAGCGACAACUUCAGGGAAGGGGUUCAGAGCCUCCUGCAAGCUGCAGGCAUUGGCAGACUCAAACCAAAUACAAUGGUGAUUGGGUUCAAGAAAGACUGGAAGAGUGCGGGGACAGCUGAUGUUCAAAGCUAUGUGGGCGUGCUGCAUGAUGCGUUUGACUUGGAAUAUGGAGUAGUGGUGCUCAGGAUCAGCCAAGGACUUGACAUCUCUCACAUCCUUCAGGCUGAAGAGGAAAUGGAGAGACUGGCAUUAGAACAGUCCUUGGAGGGGAUGGAUUCCCAAGGAGGUGGUAAGGGACUAUUCAAAAGGUCCAGGAAAUCAUCAAAGCAAGUUCUUACAAAAGAUUCGGUAAUUAUAACUCAGUCUGCUCAGGCAGCCAGAGUUAGUCCGAGGCUGGUAGAGUCCAGCACUCAGUUCCAGAAGAAACAGUCCAAAGGAACCAUUGAUGUAUGGUGGCUCUUCGACGAUGGAGGCCUCACUCUCCUGAUCCCCUACAUCCUUACAACACGCAAGAAAUGGAAAGACUGCAAGAUGAGGAUCUUCUUUGCAGGGCAGACUGACCGCAUUGAACAAGACAAAGCCGAAAUGGAGUCACUUCUGUCAAAAUUCAGAAUCAAAUGCAAUGACAUUAAUGUCAUUGCUGACCUCAACACUAAACCAAGUGCAGAGAGCUGGAAAGUGUUCGAGGACAUGAUCAAGCCAUUCCGCCUUCAUGAAAGCACCAAAAACAUAGGUAGCGCUGAGACACAGAGGAGGGAUAGCCAAUGGAAUAUCACUGAUGCAGAAAUGGAGAUGCUGGAGGACAAGACACGACUCCAGGUCAGGCUUAAUGAACUGCUACAGGAGAACUCGAGAGCUGCUAACCUCAUCAUUCUGAGUAUGCCCAUUGCUCGGAAGGGGGCUGUUUCUGACCACCUCUACAUGGCCUGGCUGGAUAUCCUCACUAAGAACCUUCCACCCACCCUGCUGAUCAGAGGAAACCACAAGAGUGUACUGACCUUCUACUCUUAAAUACAUCGCCAGCCAUCUAUACAAUGAGAAACCAUGAGGUGACAAACUAUGUAGCUCAAAAAUGGAACAGAGUUACAUAGGCAGCUCCUAUGGUGCCCUCUACUGACAAUAUUAAAUAUAAUAUGUCACGCAUCUACUCUUCAUGCCAAGUACACACGUACAAAAUGCUAAUUAAAAUUAAAAUUUGAGGAUUUAUAAAUUAUCAUGAUAUAGGAAAAGUAUAGAAAUUUAUAUUUAGAAAGGAAAUCAAAUCUGCAGGAUGAUGAACCCAAGGGGAUUUUUUGCAUGUGAUUGUGUUCAUUUUUAUUUGCUGUGAGAAAACAGCCUUCAACGAGACAUUUCACAUAAAUCACUGGUAAUAUAACAAUUUGUACAGAUGUAUUCAAGCUGUUUCCAUGCAAAUGUUGUUUUACAUACUAACAACUGCAUUUUAACUGAUGUAUGCCAUAAUUAACCAAUCUAAAUAGACUAAAAAUUCCACUGUAUUAAUUUAUAAUAGCAUUGUGUAUGUUCCCAUUAAAUAUUUCAGUUAGAAGUUUAGUCAGAUUUAUUAUGAAUACCAUUUUGUAUUAAUUUUAAUUUGCAAUUGCCAAUUUACAUUUAUUGUGGUUUAGUAUUGUGUUUUAUAGGAAAGGUGUUCUUGUAACGCUUAACUCAUAAGGGAAGUUUUUUAUUAGAAAAAAAAAACAAUAAAGAUGCUUAUUUAUCUGG